GACUACAAUGUUAUUCUACCCGUAUUCUAGAGCCCAUGGUCGUUAUAACGCAGCGGUUGCGCGCAUGCUCAUGCAUAACGGCCCCUUGUUCUGACGGAGCUGUUUCAAUCACCCUUCAUCUGGACGAAGGUCAGAAUCAACCGAAAUUAAAUGGCUGUUUUAUCUCUGCUAAUGAAGAGUUUUUUAAGCUAACUGAUGCUGAUGACAAGUACAGAAAAGUACGCAAGAAAUCGAMGUUUUUUAUAUAUUUUUGUUUUAAAGAACAUCUUGAGGAAGUUAAAGGUGAAAUCAGAGUUCAUUGCUCUUAUAGAAAAGGGAWUGAUAAAUAUUGUGAGACAGAAUCUGACAAUAUAAUAAUUCCACACGACGAUGGAUGUCAUGUAUUUUUGCCAGCCUCUCAGAAAGAACUAAACACCCUUAGAUGUAAGAUGUUUUUAUMUGACAUCAGUAAGAAAAUUCCUUCUCGGUUUCACGCACUCAAAGCUGGAAUACAUAAAGGACUACAAGAGAGGGGUGGCUUAACCGUAUUUGUGGACAUUGAACUAGAACUUAAUGGAGAUUAUAAAUUGUUUGUUAUAAGCGACAAGACCUUUGAGAAGUUGGUAAAUGGACCCCUUUUGAGCUCCAAUGAAGUAGUUGGAUAUUACUUUAAAGAUCAAGGUGAUAACAAAAUGACAGUUUAUCUGCUUKGGCGAGAAGAAACAAAGGAUGUGUGGAAGAAAUCUUAYAUCAACUCGCCUAAUCGCGGAGAGGUAUUAKACGGAACCCAACAAGGACCAUAUGGUAUUAGUCAGGUUGACAGUGCCUAUAGUAUACCCUCAGAUUUUGAAAUAUCACCAUCAAGUCACGAGAAUGGCAAUAGCAAUUACAUUAAGCUAUGCAAUCUACUAGUCGUGGUAGGAACGAAAGUUUUGAAAGAUGUCUUUGAUUCCAUUCACCCACCUGAAAGUCUUCAUGAGGUACUGCAGUCUAGUCUUAUCCAUAACCUACUGAAGAACCUCAAAUCAAAGAGGCUUCUUUACAACCAGCAGUGGAAUAUUCUUUAUCCCACCUCAGGCAGCGUCACGUCGAGCAACUUUGAUAUAACACUGCUUCUUCUCCUCUUGAGACAUGUUUGUAGACUGAAAGCUCCAGUUACAGGAUGGUACAACCAGCCAAAAUCAACAGACUUCAGUCUGCAAGCCGAUCUGGUUAGAAUAAGAWAUUGUCGUAAWGAGCUAGUUCAUAMUCCAUCAGUACAGGCAUUGUCUGAAAGUGAAAUGGAGAAGAAAUUUCUUGAGAUCGAAGCAGCGUUGACAAGACUGRGUKGUAAUAGCUAUCUGCGAGAAAUUCAGAAGCUUAAGUCGCAGGCAAUUGUUUCUGAGARUGAMARCAGUGUUGAAGCUCCAAUGCAAGCCAGGGAAGCCGAAGUAUAUAGAAGAAAUAUACUGGAURCAAWGMAGAGAAUARACAGGAGAUUGGAGCAAAUGGCAACGAGCAGUUCACCAGUACAAAUCAAAAUUAACUGCUCCUWCAAACAAAUAGCAGCUGGAGGAACAGCCUUGAUGAUAUGGACUGCUUUAAGUGCUUCUAUAUUAAAUCACUACAGAGACGAACCUGACAGGAUGAUAGAUCUCUUUCAAAAUAACAUUUUACCUGGUGCUCUCGCAACUGUUGCAAUUGUAUCUGCAUUGCUACAAGGCUCCGUCGAAAUCCUUGUCGAGGUCCAAUCUCUUGCAGCCUUAAAACAGUUAUGGAAACGGUGCGUAAACCUUAAAAUAAUUUGAGUUUGAAGUCUAAAAAAUGGUCGGUCUUUGCAGACAGUGAUGGGUAAACCAGUUCCGUCGAUAAUUUGUUGUAUUGCAGUAUCAAUAUAAAGCUAGAAUUGUAGUUUGACACCUCGAGACAAAAGUUUUUUGAAGAAUUUCAAGUUGUCUGUAUAUCAGGAUUAGAUCAUGGCAAUGAUCGAUUUUCUGUUGUGAUUACCUUGGUGACUAUGUAAUGAAUUUGAUCGAGUUGUAA